UCACUAGUGAGUACAGAGUAGUCACUAGCAAGGUGUAGUCGAUUCCUUGUUGCAGUUACGUACUUGAGGCACAUAUGAUAUAUUUCUUUGGACCCUGACAGGUUGAUGUGAAUAGGUCCAACUCACGUGAUAGGACAUUGAAGAUCAGCUGAUUCGCACACCCUAGCUCUGCACAGUGCAUCUAUAACUGAGAACUGUUAUUGUCAUGAAAGAGACCGGCGCCGAUGUGAAGGAUCGUGACACAACGAGGAACGACCCGACAAUGACGUCGGCGCGUGCAGUCGUGACCCCGAUCGUCCUCCGCGGCCGCAUCGUCGCAUAGAGAACUCGCUCGAACACCGCAUCGCCACGAUGGUCGCCAAGUCGGCGCUCUGCCAGGUGCUGUUUCGCCUCGUGCUGCCGCUAUGUCUGCUCGUGUCGGCCGUCGUGCGCUUCAACGCGCUCUCGUUCAUGUACGCGGCGCUGCUGCUCGUGCUGCCCCUGCUCUCCGGCCCCACCUACCAGAGCAUGGCCAGCCACACGGGCCGCUACCUGCGUGCGGUCGCCGCGCUCUCCGUGCUCGCACUCGUUGGGCAGGUCGUCUUUCACGUGACGCUGCUCUCGAUGCCGCCCUACGGCGACCACCUGCCCAACUGCGAGCCGCUCGAGAAGCUCGUGCGGCAGCUCGGCUUCCAGCGGCUCGACAGAGGCAGCGCGCUCGACCUCAUCCGCCUCAUCGGACCCGACAUCCUCAUGGCCGUCGUCGGCAUCGUCGUGCUCGUCAUCUGCCAGAAGGCGCCUGUGCCGGACAUCACGCAGUUUGAGGAGGAGGUGCAGGAGGCGGAGGGCGUCACGGGAGGGGAGGGCGGGGAGGAGAAGGGGCGGAGCAGCGCGAAGGAGACGGCGGCGAGCGCGCUGCAGUACAUCGCCGACGUAACCUUCGUCUUCUUUCUCGCCGCCUGCGGCAUCGUCUACCCGUCGGGGCUCUCCGCUGUCUACUUCCUCGCGUUCCUCGGCAUCGCCACCUGGUGGGCGUGCUUCCGCUCGCUCGGGCGCGUCUUUGUCACGCUGCGGCUCGUGCUGCUGCUCUACGCCGCGCUGCACCUGCUGCUGCUGCACCUCUACCAGUUCCAGUUCUUCCAGGAGGCGCUGUCGAGCGAGGACGUCGUGGCGCGCGUUGUCGGCCUGACGUCGCUCAUCGUGACGACGUGCGACGACCCGCGGCGCCUCGUGUUCGCACGCGCCCCCUGGCCGGUGUUCGUCAACCCGCUCGUCGUUUUCACCUUCUACUGGCUGCUCGCGAGCGACGUCCGACGGUGGCUCCCCCUGCCCGUGCAGGAGCCUGAGGCUGCGGCGGCGGCGGCGCCCGACACGCCCGCGAUCGCUCCGAGGCCGCUCAUCAAGCGGCGCUACAGCGGCCGUAAGCGGAUCGGCGAGUACAGCCAGCUGCUGCACGAGCAGCAGAAGAAGUACGACUCGACGGAGAAGCUGGAUGCUGCAGAGGGCGCCGGCGACGCUUGCCCGAGCUCGCCGCGGCGGGCGGCGGAGGAGGCGGAGGAGGCGGAGGAGUCGUCGUCGCCGGGCGCGUGCUACACAGCGAUGCGCUUCAUCUCGCGGCAGAGCUACAUCGCGGCGCUGAUCGUCAUGAUGGCGUGGGGCAUCACCUACCACAGCUGGCUGACAUUCGUGCUGCUGCUGUGGGCCUGCCUCGUCUGGGUGAUCCCAAACUCGCGCGGCGUCUGCCUGCUGAUGUCGCCCGCGAUCGUCGUCUACGCCGAGGCGCUCCUGCUUGUGCAGUUUGUCUUUGGGAUGGACCUGACCAUGGACGAGCUGGGGCUGGGCGGCCGUCUCAUGGUCGAGAUGCGCGAGAUCGGUCUCACCAAGUACGAGUACCCGUGCCUGCCGCUCGCCAUCAAGACCCUCUUCACGCUCGCUCUCUGGGUGAUGAUGCGGCAGUUCAUGCGCGAGAGGUGCGAGCGGCAGCAGGAGCGCGAGGCGGGCGGCGCAGAGGCGGCGGCGGCGGAACAGGACACGCGGCGCAGCCUCGAGUCUUUGCUGCGCGGGCCGCCCAAGGACAGCUCGCCGACGAAGAGGAUCAGCUACUGGCUGCUGUACCAGCUCACCAAGUACUGGAUCUUCGUGUGCGCGGUGAUGCUGCUGGUGAUGAGCCUGCAGAACGAGGUGGUGAUCUAUCGCAUCUUCUACAUGGCGCUCUUCCUCGUCUUCAUCGUCACGCUGCAGAUGUCGCUGCGCGCGUGGCGCGCACUCAUGCUGCCGUUCUGGAUCGUCGUCGUGCUCUACUCGAUGGUCGUGCUCGUGCUCAUCUACACGUACCAGUUUGAGACGUUCCCCGACUACUGGCGCAACGCGACGGGCAUGUCCGACGUGCAGCUGAGCGACAUCGGGCUCGAGCAGUACGACACGAAGGAGCUGUUCAUCAGCCUGCUCACGCCGACCUCGUUCCUCAUCAUCGUCAUCCUGCAGGUGCACUACUUCCACAAGGCCUACAUCCAGAUGAUCGACGUCGACGACGGCCGCAAAGGGGCGCCGCCGGCCGACGGCGAGGAGGCGGACGCGAAGGACGCGGAGAGCUUUGAGAAGGACAUGCUCGGCUUCUGGGAGAAGCUGCGCGGCUGGCUGGCGGCGGCGUGCGAGGUCGCGUGGCGCCUCCUCGAGAUCCACGCGCUGCGCGUGGUGGCGAUCGCUCUCGUCGCGCUCGCUACCUUCGACGUGUCGCUCGUCAACGCCGUGCUUGCCGUGCUCGCGGUCGUCGCGCUGCUGCUCGACAACUCGUGCGGCGGCCUCGCCGCGUCGCACCUCGCCGCCGUCUGGACCGCGCUGCUCGUCCUCGCCAAGAUGUGCUGCCAGCUGCAGCAGGUCGACAUGAGCGUGUUUGAGAAGAACUGCACCGACGCGCCCGACUCGCCCUUCAACGGCACCGCGGAGCCGACGACCGGCGCGUGGUUCGGCCUCGAGAAGACCGACAACGUCGAGGCGUACCUGAAGGGUUACAUCGGCGUCAUCGCGGCGCUCUGCGUGCAGGCGAUCGCGCGUUACCGGCAGCAGCACCACCGUGCGGUGAACGGCAUCGUGCCGCCGCCGUCCGGCGUCGUUUUCCCGGAGGUGGACCGGCGCGCGGCGGACGACGGCAUCGUCGAGUGCGCCAAGUACCUCGUCAACUACGCAUUCUACAAGUUUGGCGUCGAGAUCAGCUUCCUGAUGACGGUCGUCACGGUGACGGUGCGCAUGGACGCGUAUGCCGUCGUCUACAUCCUGCUGCUCGGCGUGCUGCUGCUGCUGCCGCGGUCGGCGCUGCGCGUCGUCUACCCGGUCUACGUGAUCGCGCUCGCCGUGCUGCUGCCCGUGCAGUACCUGCUCUGCCUCGGCCUGCCCGCCGCGCUCUGCCAGGCCUACCCAUGGUCGUACCUGCAGCCGGCGCUGCGCGAGUGGCUCUACCUGCCCGACUACUGGGACGUUCCCGAGGCGCAUCUGCUCAUCGCCGACCUCUUCCAGCUGCUGUUUGCGAUCCGGCUGUGGCGCGUGUUCUGGCGGGAGCGCGAUGCCGACUACGCCGGCGGCAGCAACGACGCGAUCGACUACGCAGCGCCGAAUCCCGUCAAGGACUUCAUCACGUCGGGCAACACGUACCUGGACAAGUGCAAGUGCGCCGUGUUCCUCUACACGUACUGGGUCGUGCUGGCAAUGCUGUUCCUCGCCGGCACCAGCCGCGUCAGCCUCUACUGCAUGGGCUACGUCAUGUUCUGCUUCCUCUUCCUCUGGUUCGGCAACGAGUUCUACCUGAAGCCGAUGAAGGUGAUCAACCGCAUGUGGAGCAUCGUGCUCGCGUACAACUUCUGCGUGAUGCUGCUCAAGGCCUGCCUCGAGGUCGUCGGCUGCGUCUACCUCGGCAGCCUCUACGUCAACUUCUGCUGGCUCGUGCAGCUCCUCAGCAUCGCAUGCCUGCGCUCGAGCUACGACCCGUCGGCCGACCCGGCGAUCGCCGCCGAGUGCUCGAUCCCGCUCGACCAGGCGGGCCUCGCGUGGGACUGCGUCUGCUUCGUGUUCCUGCUCGCGCAGCGACGCAUCUGGCGCAGCCACUACUUUGCGUACGUCGUCGCCGAGAUCCGCGCGCAGACGCUGCUGGCGUCGCGCGGCGCCGAGCUCAUCAACGAGAUCUUCAUCGACGAGGUGACGAAGCGCGACCGCGCCGAGAGGGAGGUCGUCGCGAAGAUGAAGACCAAGCUGGACCGCAUCGCCACGCACCAGGCGAAGCUGAACGCCGUGACCGUCGCCGAGCCCGGCGAACUGAACCACUUCCAGGCGAUCCGCGCCGGCGACUACUACAUGUUCGAGGACGACGUCGCCGAGGAGGUGCCCAUCACCGAGCUCGAGGACGAGACGCCAGGGGGCGCCAGCGGCGAGGAGGACGACGGCGAGCCGCGCACGCCCGGCCCGCUGCAGCUGCUGAACACGGCGUACCAGGCGGGCGACGUGAAGAAGGCCGUCGACGAGGCAAAGCAGGCGAAGGAGGAGGGCGAGGUGGGGAGUCCGACGCGCGAGCGUCCGCCCAGCAGGGGGGAGGCGCGGGCCGAGGAGGAGGGGGAGGAGGAGGAGCCGCCAAAGCAGUCCUGCUGGUCGAAGGUGCGCAACGGCUGCGCGUUCGUCUGGCUCUUCCUCUGCGGCGUGAUGGACAGCGCCUCCUGCUGGCUGAACAAGAUCUCGAAGGACUACCGCUACGUGGCAACGACGCUCGCGCAGGAGAAGCGGGAGCUGAAGGAGCGCGACACGUCGCUGCGCCGCAUCGACGUCGUCUCCGAGCAUGAGCCGACGCCCGGCGACGACGACCACGACAAGGACGCCGGAUUCUCGAGCGACGUCGUCGCCGUCGACGAGCCGAACGACGUGCGCAUCGCCAUGGAGACAGACGAGGAGGCGGCGGAGGAGAAGCCGGGCAAGGACGAGCCGUCCGUCGUCAGACUGCUGACGGCGAUCUACUACGUCGCGAUCUCGCGCUCGGAGCUGAUGUGCUACUUCGUGAUUGCGCUCAACCAGAUGAGCAACGCGAGCGUCAUCUCGCUGCCGCUGCCGCUGCUCGUCUUCUUCUGGGGCACGCUGUCCAUGCCGCGGCCGACGAAGACCUUCUGGAUCUCGCUGAUCACCUACACAGAGGCGGUCGUCGUCAUCAAGUACCUGUUCCAGUUCAACUUCUACCCGUGGCUCGACGACAUCAACAACGACCCGUUCUGGCCGCCGCGCAUCCUCGGCAUCGAGAAGCGCGACAAGUACGCCGCGUGGGAGCUCGUCACGCUGCUCGCGCUCUUCUUCCACCGCUCCAUCCUCAAGUCGCUCGGACUCUGGAAGGACUCGGCCGACGAUAUCUACGUCGCCGCGCAGCACAACGAAGAGGACGGCGCCGUCGACGCUCCCCUGCCCGUGUGCGAGGCACCCGCGAGAAAGGAGGAGGAGGACGGGGAGGGGAAGGAGCAGGAGCAGGAGGCGGAGGAGGACGCGCCGCCGACAGGGUCGAGUCUCUACGUGGCGCCGUUCAAGAAGUUCUUCAACCGGCUGCUGCGGCCGACAUACCGGCUGCCCGUUGACGUCUACGUGUUCCUGUUCUUCUGCGAGUUCGUCUGCUUCCUCAUCAUCGUGCUCGGCUACUCGGGCUUCGGGCCCUACCAGGGCGGCGGCGAUGACGUAGCGAGCUACCUCUCGGAGAACAAGAUCCCGAUCCCGUUCCUCGUGAUGCUCAUCGCGCAGUUUGCGCUCAUCAUCGUCGACCGCGGCAUCUUUCUGCGCAAGAACGUCAACGCCAAGCUCAUCUAUCAGUUCGUGCUGAUCGUCGUCGUUCACGUGUGGAUGUUCUUCGUGCUGCCGGCGAUGACCGAGCGACUGUUCGUGAACAACCUGCCCGCGAAGCUGUGGUACCUUGUCAAGUGCGGCUACUUCGUGCUGUCGGCAUACCAGAUCCGCUCGGGCUACCCGACGCGCAUCCUCGGCAACUUCCUCACCAAGUCGUACAACUACGUGAACCUGAUCGCGUUCAAGGUGUUCGUGCUCAUCCCGUUCGUGAUGGAGAUGCGCGCGCUCAUGGACUGGAUCUGGACGGACACGACGCUGUCUAUCUUCAACUGGCUCAAGAUGGAGGACAUCUACGCGACCGUGUUCUCGCUGAAGUGCGCGCGGCGCGCCGAGGCGGCGUACCCGAUGCCGCGCGCGCAGCCGCGCAAGCAGCUCGUCAAGUACCUGAUGGGCGGCGGCAUGCUGCUGCUCAUCAUCUUCUUCAUCUGGCUGCCGCUGGUGCUGUUCUCGCUCGGCAACGUCGUCGGCGUGCGCAACGUGCCGCUCGACUGCAGCGUCGUCAUCCAGAUCGGUGGCUACGAGCCGAUCAUCGACAUCGCCGCGCAGCAGCAGGACCUCGUCGCGUUCACCGACGCCCAGUUCGACGCGCUCCCGCGUGCUUUCCCGAACAACGCCGCCGCCAAGUCGUUCCUGAACAACUACGAGGCGGGCGACGUGCUGCACGUGAACCUGCCCGGCGACUCGACGUCCGUCUGGACCGCCAGCCCGCCGAGCCGCGAAGCGAUGAUCGACGAGCUUGCGGGCAACGCCAGCGACGUGCACAUGACGGUUUCGUGGUCGUACACGCGCGCCUCCGACGGCAGCGUCGUGGAGCCGAUCGUCAAGGGACUGCAGCUGAUCACGCUCGAGCCCGAGUCAUCGGUGCGCCGUCAGCUCAUUGCCGUGCUGCGCGGCGCGACCGGCGCCAACGCCACCGUGCCGUCCAUCAUACCCAAGUACAUGCAGGUGACGAGCAGCGAGGCGCGCGCUGCGACCGCGCUCAUGCCGGCCGGCGAGGACGACUGGGUGACGAUCCAGCUGACGAUGAGCAACGACUCGACAUCGGAGUGGUGGCAGCUGCGCGAGGUUGACGCGCGCGACGGCUCGAUAAGUGAGCACGUGACGAUUGUCGCGCUGCUCGACAAGGUGUUCCCGAGCGCGCUGAGCUUCCUCGCCGGCUACGGCAUCAUCGGACUGUACAUCUCGCUCGUGUUCGUCGUCGGCCGCUUCGUGCGCAUGUUCGUCAGUGGGCUCGCCGAGCGCAUCAUGUUCGAGGAGCUGCCGGACGUCGACCGGCUGCUGCAGCUCUGCCUCGACAUCUACCUCGUGCGCGAGAGCCGCGAGUUCUCGCUCGAGGAGGACCUGUUUGCGCGCCUCAUUUUCCUCUACCGCUCGCCCGCGACGCUCAUCAAGUGGACGAAGCCGAAGCAGGAGUGAGGGAGGGCGGCGGCAGGCGCGGGCAGCGCCACCUGUGUUGUGCGUUGGUUGUAAUCUGAUGUGGUGCGUGUGGGUGUUUGUGUGUCUGAAGGGUAGUUAGCCGACAUGUUGUCUGUGAGCAUUGUCACUAGUAGCACCAUGCUGAUGUAGUGCGUGUGGGUAUAUAUAUGGCGUAUGAUGCUAUAUUACUGAAUUCUAUAACAUGCAGUAGGCCGUCUGUGACAGCGGCAUGGCAAGGUGCGUAAGGGAUGAAGAGAAAUGAGUAAUUACUGCAUAUAUUUAACAGUUGCAAAACUUGUUAGGGCUUCUGCACGUUCACACGCUAGGUUAGCUCUAGAACUAUAGCCCUUCGCUCUGCCACAGCCUGUAGCGGAGCGAAGGUCUAGUUCUAGAGCUAACGCUAGGUCCGCUUUGUAAUUACUUGCCUUUGGGCAUCUAUUACUGAGAUGUGAUCAUUUGCUGCGAUUUGUGAGUGAACUUCGCCGGUAAAGUCAGUAAACGUCUCGAAUGCCUUGAUUUAUAAUGAUGCUUUUAGCAUUUUUUGCUACGGAAAUAGUUGUGCAGGUAUUGAUCUGGAUUUUUAAGAAUGCAAAAAUGAUGCAAGAUCAUGUAAUUUUCUUUUCAAAAAACAUACGGGUGGAAGUUGGAACGUUCUGCUUUUUGAUAGCAAUCAAAGAUAUAUUUAACAUAUGUUCAUAUUUUAACUGCGCGACUUAUUUUAUGCAAGCAACUGCUUCGUUUUUAUGGCCUUAAAUAGUUUGCUGGCGAAAAUCGUGUUGAUGGACAGUGUGCAUGCUAUUGUGUCAUUGCCUGUGUGUGACAUAUACGAAUAGUGUUUGAGUGCUUUUAAUGUUUGAUCAGUGUAGGCGUAAGCGUAACGCCUAAUUGCAGCCGUCCGUCUACCGCGGGUAGCCACACCUGUCAGGAUUCGUGUCAUCAGGAUAGAUAUGGCACUCCUGAUAUAAUCAUGUCAUUUCACUUUCUUUACCAGCGCAUGCGAGUUUAGUAUCUGUGCAGCAUCAACUGCUUCCUGCUGGAUAUAGCUUCUGGAUUUAUCAGCUUUUUGUUCUGAGAUACGGCACGCACGUGCCUGGCUUCCCCAGUUAUGAGCCACACAAAAAAACUCAGAACGGGAGUCGGCAGCACGGAAAUAGCUCGUACAGUGAGUGUGUGCGGCAGCGUGCAGUAGCAGUAGCUGACGUCGACCCAGGGACAGCACGCAUUAUCACAGCGCAGCAAAAACAACGGGAGUGCCGGUAUCAGCGCAAAUCUUACAGGGUUUAGCACGGGCGCCUGUCUAGUUUCAGUCUGAUCGCCUCUUCCUUUUGGUCAUUCAACAGACCGAUUUAAGUGCGUUUAUAGCUGCUGUGGAAGGAGCUUAGGGAACGCUACAGGGAAAAUCGUUUAUGUAUGUGGCUGACAGGUACGCCGGUGGUACAGAAUGUAUGCAGGACACUGCUGAGAGUAUCUGUAAGGUUGGGUUCGAUAAUGAAAUAAACCUAUUGCUAGUCAGUGUAGACACAUUAUAUGAUUAUACUAUAUACAGCCCACUAUAAAUAAUUUCAUUCCAACGCGCAGUUACGGUGGAAGUUAGUGUC